CUCAUAUCUCAAUAAAGAUCGAUUGGAUUGCCAUGCUACUUAUACAGGUUAUCUUCACGAGGCAAAUAUAGUAUGUCUUCUGAAUCUUCAUACUCUUCCCCUUUACUGAUAUAUAUCUUUCGCAUAGGAAUAGUUGAAUGGAUACCAAAAAGAAAUCAUGGACGCUGAAGAAACAAAGAACGUCUUCAUCAACCAUACUGUUGCUAUGGUAGAAAAGAAGGGAGUCCUCCCACAACAGCCAGCAAGACAAAAAUAUGAUUCACUCCCCCCUCUGCCUCAAUCUCUUCCCAACCUGACUCCCUCAACGUCUGAGAGCCAAAACAGAAUCCCACGAAAUCAUGGCAGAGAAGUCCUCCUUUAACGAGGAGGCUCUUCGCCAUCUCCGACUCAUCAAUGUCGACGAGGAUGAAGGAACGAGAAAGCACCUCCAGGAAGAACUGACGACCGCCCCUCUGUUCUCUGCGUUGGUGCGAGAGGUCAUCGAGAACGAAUACCAAGGAGAUCACAUCGUCAACGGAAAAGGUAGAAAACUCGUCUAUCCCCAGUAUGGUCUCCUGGGCCUCCGCAUGGGGAGUACUACCUCGCCUGACACGCCUGCGGUUGACGAGGAUGAUCUCGUUUACGCGAAUGUUUCUGCACCCUGGUCUGCGUUUAUCUGUGGCAGCCAGGGUAGUGGGAUGAGUCACACGCUAUCAUGUAUGUUGGAGAAUUCGUUGAUUGAGUCCUCUCCUGCUGGGAAGCUGUCUUCGCCAUUGGCGGGGAUGGUGCUUCACUAUGACAAGUUCACGGCCUUUUCGAGCACUCAGCUCUGCGAGGCUGCGUAUCUCUGUUCGUCGAAUAUCCCUGUUCGUGUUUUGGUGAGCCCGUCGAACUACCAUGCCAUGAAGAACGCCUAUGAGAAUCUCCCCGGCUUGGGUAAAUCGAAUUUGCUACGUGUGGUACCUAUGUAUCUUCCUCAGAAACAUCUAAACAUCAGCAUGAUGAAGACCUUGAUGGGGAUCAACGCUGGGGACGAUCAGCCUUUAUAUGUUGAGGUCGUGAUAAAGAUCCUGCGCGAAAUGGCUCGAACAUCCCAAGGACAGUCUCACCUGGACUACAACGCCUUCAAACGACGACUCGAGAAGGAAGACUUUCUCACACGCCAGAACGCUCCACUCAAUAUGCGCUUGGAAGUUCUCGAAUCUUUCUUCGAACCGGGAACUGUGGUGGGCAGUGGUGGGAAACAGAAAAAUCCGGCAAAGGCUUUGUCUGAUGAUCUGUGGGAUUUCCCCAAAGGGUCGCUGACCAUUGUUGAUCUGAGCUGUCCUUUCAUCGGCCCCGACGAUACUUGUACUCUUUUUAAUAUUUGCGUAUCCUUAUUCUUGAAGGGCCGUGCCGAUGCUGGACAAAUAAUUGCGUUGGAUGAAGCGCAUAACCACAUUGCCGGCGCAGCAACCGCCCGUGCCAACAAGGAAGGAGAGACAUCUUUAGAUCUGUUCGGGAAGAUUGUACGUCUGGGUACUGGUGAAGCGUUGGUGUUCUGCCCAACAGCCAUGCUCGAUGUUACCUCGGGUUUGGACCACAUAGAGGAAUCUUCUGAGAGCAACCGGGGCAGCUCCGUCGCCUCUACCGAGCAUCAAACUGUCACCAAGCUUGGCUCUGAGCAUAUCCGGCUCAGAGUCCGUAAGAGAAUCACUGCAGACGGUGGGCGCAGUCAGCUUGCGGAGUAG